CAAAAUGUGCCAUGUUGUUGUUGUGCACAUUCGUUAAUGUUGUCGCCUAAGCUGUUUAACAUCUUUAAAAGAUUGCCAUGGCAUCUUCGGAAUACAAUCGUCAUAUCUCCGAUGACGAGGACGACAACGUUACAGAAAAGGACAAACUGCUUACCACAGUGACAAGCUAUGGCGCAAACGCCUGUAAGGGACAGGCUGACCAUCGGCCAGCCGACCUUGACGGAUCACUGCUGCAGCAACAGCUGGAACAUGAGGAAGAGGAGCUCCGGAGAAAAAUGAAGUAUUUCUUCAUGAGUCCCUGUGAUAAAUUUCAUGCCAAAGGCCGUAAACCAUACAAACUCGGUCUGCAGCUUCUCAAGAUUGUCAUUGUCACAAUACAGUUGGUGCUUUUUGGCCUGAGCAACCAGAUGGUCGUAACGUUCAAAGAUGAGAACACAGACGCUUUCAGACACCUCUUCCUGCAGGACUACCAGGAUGACCCUGACUCCCCACUGGCUGUGCACACGCAGAGCGAGGUCUACGACCACAUGUAUUACGCCAUAGACCAGUACCUGAGUUUGGCAGACAUCUCGAUUGGGCGCUAUGCGUAUGUGCCAGGUGUGGGUGUGAACGGCAGUGCGCUCACCUUGUGUCAAUACUACUACAAAAAGGGCCACAUCGACCCCGUCAACGACACCUUUGAUAUUGACCCACAUGUCAUGAGAGACUGCAGAGGACUAGACCCCCCCUCAGAGCCGACUCUCACUGCCACUCAGGACUACAAGAACUUCACGCUGAAAUUUCACAAGCUGAUAAACGUAACCAUUGACUUCCAGCUGAAGGCCAUCAAUCUUCAGACCAUUAUAAACAACGAGAUCCCAGACUGCUACACUUUCUUCAUCACGAUCCUACUAGACAACCAGGCCCACAGCGGCAGAGUGAAGAUCAGCCUUCAGAACCAGGCCACCAUCAAGGAGUGCAAGGAGCAGAACAUCUAUGGACAAGCGGACAGCUAUGCGCGGGUGGCGUUUGACAUCAUCGUGGCUGUGGUGUGUGUGCUCUCCCUCCUGCUGUGUGGCCGCUCCAUCCUCAGAGGGGUUGUCCUGCAGCAUGAGUUUGUGCAGUUCUUCAGGCAGAGGCUGGCGCGUAGUGUGUGCUGGGGAGACAGGAUGGAGUUCAUUAACGGCUGGUACAUCCUACUCAUCGUCAGUGAUGUCCUCACCAUCAUCGGCAGCUUCAUCAAGAUUGGCAUCGAGUCCAAGGGAAAUGCCUCGUAUGACCUGUGUGCCAUCUUGCUUGGCACCUCUACCCUGCUGGUGUGGGUGGGCGUCAUCCGAUACCUCAGCUUCUUCCAGAAGUACAAUAUCCUCAUCGUGACGCUGCGGGCUGCGUUCCCCAACGUGAUCCGCUUCUGCUGCUGUGCGGCCGCCAUCUACAUGGGAUACGUCUUCUGUGGAUGGAUAGUGUUGGGACCAUACCACGUCAAGUUUCGGUCGCUGUCCACGGUGUCGGAGUGCCUGUUCUCGCUGAUCAACGGGGACGACAUGUUCGCCACCUUCUCGGAGAUGGAGCACAGCGGCACGCUGGUGUGGGUGUUCAGCCAGGUCUACCUGUACACCUUCAUCUCCCUCUUCAUCUACAUGGUGCUGUCCCUCUUCAUCGCGCUCAUCACCGGGGCCUACGACACCAUCAUGCAGCAGACCCAGGCCCAGGAGCAGUGCCACGUCACAGAGCUGCAUGCCUUCAUAGCCCAGUGCACCGACACACCCUGCUCAGGGAAGUUCAGGGGGGCUGAGCCCACCUCAUGCUCUCUAUUCUGCUGCUUUGACCAGUGAGAGAGGUCACACUCCUCUGUGUGUGUGUGUGUGUGUGCGUGCGUG